AUGAAAGAAAAGUCAAAUAAAUUCUCUUUCUUUAUUAAAAUUUCUAUAAUUACCGUUUUAAUAUUAACAUCUCAGAGCUCUAAUGACUCAACUGUCUUUGAUAAAUCAUUGGGUAAGGAAAUUUUCCCCAAAAAUAAAAAUCGAAGUGUCAGAUUUAGCAGAUUAUUACAGGGAAAUGAAAGAGCUUCAAAAAAUUAUAAAAAUUUCAAUCAAAAUUUAGUGAAUUUAGCAGGUCCAUAUGAUAACCAUUUUGAAGAACAAUAUAAUUCAAACAUGCAAGAUGAAACAUUUCAGAGAGAUUUUAAUAAAAUAUUGAAUAAAAUAAACAGUGGCAUUAUGCCUAAUACUUCAAGAGGUAAUACUUAUUAUGUAAUUACGUCCAAUAAUUCAAAUGAUCAUGGAACUUCUAGAAAACACCAUAAUGAAACAUAUAAAUAUUAUGAUAAUGACGAAGAAAUAGAAGAAGAAAGAAAUGAAGUAACACCAAUUUAUGCACAAAAAUAUAAUGAUUCUUAUGAUAAAAGACGUGGAAGAGUACCAUCAAAAAAUAAUGAAAUUGUGCUAUAUACACCAAAAGAAAAAGAAGGUUCAUCAAAGAUAGUUAAGUACUUAAGAAAAAAAAAUGCAAACUAUGAAUCUGCAUUAAUAAGUGCAAUGUCAAAAAAUAAUAAACAAAUGGGAACAAUUAUGGGAAUUCCUUAUAAUAAGGGUUUGCUUAAGGCUACAUCCCCAAUUUGGACCACCACUUUGGGAUCUAUUUUAAUUAGUCCCAUUGCGCAUGCUUCACCAUACGUUUUGUUCUCAUUUGCAUCAAUUAUUGCAUCAGUGAUAUUUGUUUUGACAAGAUAUUUCAAAUGCCAUAGAACGCUUAAACGUUGUGCAGCAUAUGAAUGUCAUAAAAAGGCUUUAAUGGAUAAAUAA